AGCUGUACGUCGUGUUAUUAUCAAGAGCCCCGUAACAAGCGACCCACUAACGGCGGCGGACGCGCGUCAUUCGCGUUACGUUGUGACACGACGCCCGAUCGGCGUAAACCGCUUAAUCCGUCUUAUCCGACCAUCGUCUUCGAGAACGCGCCGCCCGCCCGCACGCUCCGCUGCGACCCGACCGCCGUAGACGAUAUUCGAUUCGCGCCGCUGUACUUGCCGUUCGACCCCGCAGUCGCUUCUCUCGUCCGAGCGCUCCUCUCAGCUAUCCUCGUCAUGUCGUCGGCAAUGCGCAGGAUCCGUUUCACAGCGGCCGUAGCCCGGGGCCCAGCCAGAAUCUGGAACUCUAUUGCCGGCCGUAACGGGCCCAAGACCUAUUUCACGUACACGCCGCAAGUGUCCCAGGUGUUGGACCGCGAACCCAAAUGGGUGAACGCCGACGAAGCCGUCCAGUGCAUCAAAUCAGGUGAUACUGUUUUUGUGGGUGGUGCUGCUUCUACCCCAAUCGAGGUUAUACGUAGCAUGACUGAUCAUGGAAAACAAAAGCAAUUAAAAGAUAUACGUGUUUGUAGUAUUCAUACUGAAUUUGAAUCACCUUAUUCAGCCCCAGAGUGUGAAGGUAUUUUCAGACCAAUGGCUUUUUUUAUAAGUGCCAAUAUGAGGAAGAGCAUGAAUGAAGGUCGAGGUGAUGCUGUACCAAUAUUUUUACAUGAUAUUCCCUACUUAUUUGAGCGCAAAAUUAUACCAGUAGAUGUAGCAGUUAUCUCGGUAUCACCUCCCGAUAAUCACGGUUUUUGCAGUCUUGGCACGAGUGUAGAUUGCAUUCGAUCAGCUUUAAGUCAUUCAAAAAUAAUAAUUGCACAAGUUAACAAGUUUUUACCACGGACAUUUGGUGAAGCUAUCAUUCAUCAAUCUCAUAUUGAUUAUGCUGUCAGACUUGAUCGUGAAUUACCUGCCCAUGAACACAAAGAUCCAAAUCCCACUGAAUUAGCUAUUGGCAAACAUAUUGCUGAUAACCUUGUCGAAGAUGGUGCAACAUUGCAAAUGGGCAUUGGAGCCAUUCCAGAUGCAACCCUAAGUUGUCUUACUGGUCACAAGGAUUUGGGAAUACAUUCUGAAAUGUUCAGUCUUGGUGUUAUUGAUUUAGUAAAUUCUGGAGUAAUAACCAAUCACAAUAAGAAUUUAGAUAAAGGAUUAAUUGUGACAAGUUUCUUAAUGGGGAACAAGAAAUUGUAUGAUUUUGUGGAUAACAAUCCAUUAAUAAGCAUGAGACAAGUAUCAUAUACUAAUAAUGUUCAUAUCAUAUCCCAACAACCUAAAAUGACUGCAAUUAAUUCCUGUAUUGAAGUUGAUUUAACUGGACAAGUUGUAUCUGGUUCUAUUGGAUUUAGAUUAUACUCUGGAUAUGGAGGCCAAGUAGAUUUCAUUAGAGGUGCUGCUGAAGGUUAUGAUGGUAAAGGUAAACCGAUCAUUGCCCUUGGUUCGGUAAAUCCAAAAACUAAAGAUGAAAGAGGUUUGCCAAGUACUAAAAUUGUGCCCACAAUUAAAGAAGGUGCCACUGUUGUUACUACUAGUGCACACGUACAUUAUGUUGUCACUGAGUUUGGAGUUGCAUCUUUGUUUGGAAAAAGUUUAAGACAACGAGCACAUGCCUUAAUAAAUAUAGCUCACCCUGACCAUAGAGAAUAUUUAGAAAGAGCAGCAUUUGACCGUUUGAAAACUAUGCCCUGUGCAUAAUCUCAUGUACAUAGGUGUUCAAAAAUUUUGGAAUCAUAUGAAAAAUAUAUCCAAGCUUUUAAAAUGCUCUGUAUGUAUUAAAUGUAUUAAUAUUA